CAUAUUGGCGCGACAGAGCUGGACAAACUGGCGCGGCGUUUCGUUUUCGUUUGGCGUCGGAGAAAUGCCAUUCGGCUACGCACGCAGUAGCUGCUGUAUUUCGUGUUAACAAAAAAAAAACUAGUUAACAUGUCGAAGAUAAUCCUUUUCGUUGUGGCUUUUGCUGCUGUUGCCAUUGCCGGAAUCAUUCCUGACUCUGCACCCAUCGCCCCUGACGAGCUUUCAUCUCCACCAACUGCAUUUGAUUCGCCCAUUAAACCGCUUGAGGACCCCACCAACAGCUCCGAGGACCAAUUAGACGAUUUUGAAAAUUUAAAACCCGAAGAUGAUGACACUGUUGUGGAAGGCAAAAAAAGCGUUGUAAAGCAAAGUCAGCAAUCUGUAGAUGGCGUCCCAGUCUUAGACAAAAAAUCGACCGAUCUCAUUAAAAAUGAUAAUGGCAUUGUAACAAAGAGUCAUACUGACACUGAUGCUCUGCAGCCGAGCAGCGAAAUCGAAUCCGACAAUAACGAGGACUGUUAAUCAAAUUGUAUUUUAAAUAGGUCCUGUAUACGGAAAAAUGGAAAAAUAAAUGCAGUCAAUUAUUUUC